AUGCCGAUCACAAAGAACAAGGAGGCCGAGACCCAGGCCCUGACCCUGGCCGAGGAGAAGAAGCAGCCCCAAGUCUCCGCCCCCGAGGCCGCGGGCGCCGACCCGCAGACCGUGCCCCGGUCGUCCGCCGCCGGCAUCGUCAACAAGAAGGGCGAGAUCGUCGACGAGUCGGACAAGGUCAUCGGCAAGGUCUCCGACUCCAAGGAUCUGCAGAGCCUGGUCGGUAGCUGCGUGACCGCUGAGGGAGACGUCAUCAACGAGUCGGGCGACGUCCUCGGAAAGGCCUCGCUCGACAGCGAGUACACCACCCAGGCCACCGAGGAGGCCAAGGACGCCGCCCAGACCGUGAGCAGUCUCUCCGGCGGCAAGGGUGGCGAUGAUGCUGAGAAGAAGAAGCCGUCGAGCGGGAGCGGCGACGACACCCCGUCCGAGUCUGCCAACGACGACGCCAGCAAGGCCACGGAGCCCGUCAAGGACGACGCCGGCAAGACAGCAGAGUCCGUCGACGACAAGGUGCCUUCCCCCGUCCAGCUCCAAGACAAGGAGGCCCCCCCAGCUGACGCCGCGUCCGCUGGCAAAAAGACCAAGGAGGAGAAGGGGACCGUCCAUGGAGGUAAUACCCCCGCCGAGAAGGUCGGCCAGGACGACCUGACCGAGCAGGCCCCCAAGCCCAUCGACGAGUCCGCAGAGGGCACUACCGAGGACGCCUCGAAGGUUGCAGGCGACAAGACUGAGCAGGCCGAGGACACCGCGGAGGAGGCAAAGGAUACCACUGAAGACACGCCUGAGCAAGCAAAGAACACUGCAGAGGAUAGGGCGGACAAGGCCAAGGAGCUCACAGACGAGGCCCAGGAGGCUGCCAAGGACAUCACGGACAAGGGCGAGGACGCAGGCAAGGACGCUGGAGACGUUCCCGAGGGUGACAAGCCCGGCGACGACCUCCCGGAGGGUGAGGGCGCCAAGGAUGCCGCUGAGGGCGUCGGCGAGCAGGGCGAAGGCGUCACCAAGGAAGGUGAGGAGGCCGGCGAAGCUGCCCAAGACAAGGUCGGCGAGGCCGGCGAGGAAGCCGCUGAGAAGGCCGAUGAGGCCGGAGAGGAAGCCGGCGAAAAGGCGGAGGAGGCUGCCGAGGAGGCGCCCAUCGACUUCUCCGUCCUCAAGGGCACCAAGGUCAACAAGGCCGGCAACCUCGUCGACGACAAGGGCGACAUCAUCGGACGCCUGUCCGAGGGCGACUCUAAGAAGCUUCAGGGCAAGACGGCCGACGAAGAUGGCAACAUCUGGAACGACUUGGGCAAGAUCGUCGGCAGGGCGGAGCCCAUCCCUGACAGCGAGCGCGAGAGCUCCAACAAAUUGUUCGCGCCCUUCCAGAACUUCCCCGACGCCGUCGUCGAGGCCGACGGGCGCGUCACCUCCGAGAGCCGCCAGGUCGGCACUGUCGUCGAGGGCGACCCCAAGCGCCUCAAGGGCAGCAAGGUGGACGAGGACGGCGACAUCCUCGACCGCCGCGGCAACGUGGUCGGCAAGGCCGAGGCCUGGGACGAGCCCGAGGAGGAGCCCGAGCCGGUCGUCGACCGCUCGCUGCUGGCCGGCAAGCGCGUCAACAAGGCCGGCAACGUGGUCGACUCCAACGGCACCGUCUUCGGCCGCGUCAUCGAGGGCAAUGCCGCCUCGCUCGUCGGCCGCAUGUGCGACAAGGAGGGUAACAUCAUGAGCGAGUCGGGCGACAAGAUCGGCAAGGCCGAGCUGGUGCCCGAGGGCGAGCGCGAGGGCUCCAAGGAGGGGCCGUUUGCCGAGCUCAAGGGCUGCACCGUCGCCAAGGAUGGCAAGGUUGUGACCUCGUCGGGCGAGGUCGUCGGGCGGCUGACGUCUGGCGACCCCAAGACGCUGUACGGGCGCUCCGUCGACGAGGACGGCGAUGUCGUCGACAAGAACGGUAACGUGGUGGGCAAGGCCGAGCGCUGGGAGGAGCCCGAGGUCGAGAAGCGCCGCGACCCCCUCGCGGGCCGCAAGGUCAACCGCGAGGGCAACGUGCUCGACGACGACGGCCACAUCAUCGGCAAGCUGACGAGCGGCGACGUCAGCAUCUGCUCCGGCAAGGAGGUCGACGAUGACGGCGACGUGGUCAACUCCAAGGGCAACACUGUCGGCCACGUCACGCUGCUCGAGGACAUCCCCGGCGAGUCCGAGGAGGACAAGCAGAAGCGCGAGCAGGCCGAGAAGGAUCAGAAGCUGGCGGGCCAGCUCGCCGGCGCCAUCGAGCAGUCGCUCGAGAAGAUCCGGCCCAUCCUGAGCUUGAUCACCAGUAAGGUCGACGCGGCGGAGAAGACGGACAAGGAGGACCUCGACGAGGAGCAGCUGGUGCGCGAGGUCAAGCCGCUCAUCGAGGAGGGUGGCAAGAUCCUGACCGAGACCAACGGCAUGAUCCGCGGCAUGGACCCGGACGGCCGCAUCCAGCGCCAGGCCAAGCACAAGUCGGCAACCAAGGACGCCAGCCCGGAGGAGCACCACCUGGCCGACGUGCUCAAGGAGCUCACCGGAACCGUCACCCAGACCAUCGACAACGCCAAGCGCAAGAUCGACGGCAUGCCCCACGCCAAGAAGGAGCUCAACCCCCUCUGGGGCCUGCUCUCGGAGCCGCUCUUCCAGAUCCUCGCCGCCGUCGGCCUGCUGCUCAACGGCGUGCUGGGCCUUGUCGGCAAGCUCCUGAGCCCCCUGGGCCUCGGCGGGCUCGUCCACGGCCUGCUCGGCAGCCUGGGGCUCAACAAGAUCCUCGACGGGCUCGGCCUCGGCAGCGCCCUCAACGCCCUGACCGGGAAGAAGGACAAGCCCAAGCAAUGA